CACACACUUUCCCCGCUGAGGCCAGCACACAGCCAGAGAGGAGGGACUGUUUGCAGCUCUGAAGGCCAGCUGUCGUUCGCUCAGAGCUGGGUCUUUUCUCUCUCACUCCCCCGUUCUCCACUGGCCUCAUCACUCCAUGGGACUCCAGACCUGGCCGCCAAGCAAACCACCACUCUCCUCUAUGGCCUGCCUUGAUGUGGAGACCCCUUCCAUCUGCAGGGGUAAAUUCAAAUCAGUCCUCCAGCUCUGUCUGCAGCAGAGGAGAACUCGGGAGCAGCUUGUGGAGCAAGGCAUCAUGCCGCCUCUGAAAACACCUGCUGCCUUUCAUGAGCAGAUUCGCAGCCUGGAGAGAGCCAGGACUGGAAACUUCUUAAAGCACAAACUCUGCAGCAGACCUGAGCGCUCAGAGCUGGUCCGUAUGCACAUCCUACAAGAAACACAGGCUGAACCCUGUCUGCAGGCCACACAGAUGAAGCUCAAGAGGGCCAGGCUGGCUGAUGAUCUCAAUGAGAAGAUCGCCCAGCGUCCUGGACCCAUGGAGCUGGUGGAGAAGAACAUCCUGCCUGUUGACUCUGCUGCCGAAGAGGUCAUCCAUGGCGAUAAGGCAAACUACUCCAAGCCACCAGAUAUUUACAACUUUGAUGAGGACAGCAGUGAUGCCCUAUCACCACAACUGCCUGCCAGCCAACAAUCUCCCAGCUCUGCCUCUCCAAGGGAGUCUGGGGGGACUGAGGCCACUUCUUCUUCCUCUAACUUAAACUCUCCCAUACAGCACUCCCCACCACCUAACUCACAGUCCACAUCAGAUGUAGUCAACCUCGUCUCCACCAGUGAGCAACUGAGCAACCAACAAGUAUCUCCACUUCAGCCAAUCACCACUGUUGUCCCCAUUAUCACACAAGGACCAGUUCUUAUGAAGCAAAGCCUGCCCAAGCUACCCGGCGAUAAAAGCCGCAGCAAAAGGAGCAAAGAGCCCAAACCACGGGUGAAAAAGUUAAAGUACCAUCAGUACAUCCCCCCAGACCAGAAGCAGGAGCUCAAUGAAGUGCCGAUGGACUCAGCUUAUGCCCGCCUCCUGCAGCAACAGCAGCAGUUCCUGCAGCUCCAGAUCCUAAGCCAGCAGCAGUACAACUACCAGACCGUCCCACCUGCCACACUCAAACCACCAACUGAGGUACAAACCAGCUGUUCCAGUGUUGUUCUGAGUGGAAACCCUGUGUCUACCACUGGGCAGCCUCGGCACACUCAGACGAACCGCAAGCCAGAUCAUUUGCCAUCUAAUCUGGACGAGAUGAAGGUUGCAGAGCUGAAAAUGGAACUAAAACUCAGAUCUUUGCCUGUUUCUGGGACUAAGACAGAUCUGAUAGAGCGGCUAAAGUUGUAUCAGGAGAACUCUAACAUCCAGACUGCUACUGCCAUUGAGACACCAGCCGUCACGUCAGCCUCACAGUCUGAAAACAUAAAGUUAACCCCGCCUGUGUCCCCUAUAGCCUCCAAGGUGUCCAGUCUGGGCAUAGAGGACAGUAGUAUGGCAGACAGCCCCACCAAGCUCUCAGAUGCUCUGUCUCCAACUCACACUGCUCCCUGUGUGAACUCCCCACGGAGAGCUCCACAGGAGGAGUGUCCCACAGAGACACUGCCCUAUGAGAAGAAUUCUGAGAAGGACAAACGUCUCCAUGAGAAGGAGCGUCAGAUUGAGGAGUUGAUGAGGAAACUGGAGCAGGAGCAGAGGCUGGUGGAAGAGCUGAAGAUGCAGCUGGAGGUGGAGAAGAGGAGUCAGCAAGGAGAUUCUCCACCUCAGCUCAGCCCUCUUGCUACCAUCCAGGUCAAAGAGGAAAACAGGACCCCAUCAAACUGCUCAGCAUCCUGUAGUUCUCCUGGUCUGCCAGUGUUGGUCAAACAAGAGGAAGUGGCAGAUCAAAGCAACUUGGCUCCUCAAAAUAAGUUAAUCAUCAGCCAUCAAACUAUCAAGCAGCCUGAAACCCUGCAGCCUAUCCAGACUGGAGCUCAGAUUCUCCAGCCUGCAUCCCUUCCUGCCUCAGCAGCCACUAUCCAGAUCCCUGCCAACAGCAUCAAAUUAUACACUACUGUUAGCAGCACAGGCCCAGGCCUCAUCCAGACCUCUGGACAGGUGCCACCGAAAAUAGAGGCCUCAGCAGCAGUACAACAGCAAUGCAGCACUCAGCCAAUGACAAAGACUUGGAGGAUGGAUCGUACAGCACAUAGCUUACUCAACACAUUCCCAGCAAGUGGAUGUCCUGUGGGAGCAUCCUCAAGCCAAGCUGGUCCUAAAGGACCUGCUAAUAAGUCUCACUGUGCCAGCCAGCCAACUUUCUUGCAGCAGCGAAAAUUCGCAAACCAUGUGUCAAAGUGUAAAGACCCACCCCGCUACGAGGAUGCAGUUAAACAGACACGCAGCAUGCUAACAGAUGUUCAGGGUCCCACUGCAGCUAGCCAGCAGAUGGAUGACCUGUUUGAUGUGUUAAUUGAGAGUGGUGAGAUCUCCCCCAUCGUCAGACAGGAUUCUUCCAGCCAAGACAAGCCUCACCCUGUGACAGCCAGUGUAACCACUCUUCCCAUCAACACGGUUUUAUCACGCCCUCCACCUGUGGUCCAAGUGGCCCAGCAGCCUUCUGCACCGCUCAACCCCUCGACCCAGCUGGAAACCCUCCUGGAUGGCACACUGGGUGCUCACACCGAGCCACAAACACAUAAGCUGAUGGAGGAGCUACAUUCACCUAUGGUUACGAUGGAGGUGGACUUUAAUGAAAACACACCACCCUCUGCUUUGAACCUGCACAGCAGCAAUAUGGACAAUAUGGACUGGCUGGACCUUACCCUGUGUGUGCCAACAGAGGGGGUCAACCCUUUGGAAAUGUCAACGCCGGUGGGCGUCUUCUCUUCUGACUUCCUGGACUCACAUGAACUGCACUUGAACUGGGACUAAGUGCAGUCAAGGUGAAUUCUUACACCUAUAAGACUGUUUCCGAUCCAUUUUUUAUGCAAGUGAGGAUAUUUUGUUUCAUAUGUGGACAAAAAAGAGCUUUUGGAGAUUUUGCUUUCUGGCCAUAUAAAUCAGCUCAGUAAUAAUCUAAUUGUGCAGUGCCAGUUUAAAAGUUGCUGCACUGCUUCCUUUGAGGUCUUUAAACCCUCUGACUGUAUGGGGAGACUGACAUAAAGUAGGACUGGUACUGGAUUGAGCUGACAGUGGAAAUAGCUUUUAAAAUUUCAAUCUUAAGUUGUACCACUUCUUUGUUAUCAAUCUGUUCUCAUCUUAAUGGCUUCUUUGUGUCUUCUGAACUUAAUGAAUGUACAGUGUUGUAUGGACCAUGAUAAUGGCAGAAAGAGCAGGAAAAUGUCCUUAUCCUGGUUAAAAAAAAACUAUUAGACAAACACUGCAUGCAGCUGGGGGCAGUUAUUGUAUGUAGUUCACUCCUCUCUGUCUUGGAAUGAUUAUAUCACUAUCAAAACAGAUUGUAAACACACAACUGCUAAAUGUUACGUGUGUAUGUACAUUUUUAAGCAUAAAUCAGAUGUUAAACUGAGUCACCAUAGUGUCAAUGGCCCACAAGUGGCCUAGCAGCACUGACCAAAUCUUCACUCCUGCAUCUGUACACUGUUUAAAACAUACUGCACAUAAAAAGGAGAAUCUUCACUUGGCACAGCUAUGGGGAACUAGUCACAAGAGCCACUUGCUGUGCUCUAUCGAGACUAUAUCCAAAUGGAUGAUGAUACAUUUUUCUUACAACUCAUUAGUUUCUUUAAAGACAGGCAGAUUGAUCCCUAAAGGGUUAAAAAUUACUCAUUAAAGGUCAGAUGUUUUUUGUUUUAGUAGUUUAUUCAAAAAGCAUAAGCGUUGUGGGCCAUACCAGACCACAAUCUCUGUGCACAGCAGUGUAUCAACACAGACACAUCUUUCAGAAAAAUAACAAUAUCCAUCAAUAUGAACCACUGCUCAUUUGUGUUAUUCACUCACUUCAUAUUGAAAUGCAUUACAGUUGAUUUGUAUUGUAGUGACAUCUGCUGGCGAAAUCUGAAUCAGCCUGAGCUAGCAAAGUUGGUAGUCUGACUGGUUCUCUGUUUUUUUCUUAGCAAGUUGCAAAAAGAUGACUUUUGGUAUAAAGAAAAUACAUUUCUGUGUCAAAGAAUCCAUGUUGCACAUAAUUAGGAUGGUUUCUGGGCAGGUUGAGUAUAAUGAUCACUACACUGAAAACAAUGUCUAAACUGGUAUUGGCUUCGAAACCGAACUACCUGCCUCCUCAUCCCCCUACCAGCUAAACUUUCUCUCAAGAUCUCAUAUCUAAAACCUACCAAGCUGAAUAUUAAUUUUUCCGUCCCCACUGGCUUUAAGCCUGCUAUGGUUAAACUUCUGUUUAAGAAAUCACACCUUGAUCCAGGGUCUCAGGCAGCUCAGUAAUUAUCAGCCAGUCUUUAUCCAUUCUUCUCAAAAGUAUUAGAGAGUUGUGACUAAGCACCUUUCGGCCCACACAUUUAACAGUAACCUUUUUUUAACCUUUUAAAACUGCAUUUAGUAAAGUUGUAAAUGAUCUUCUGCUUACUCUUACUAUGGAUUCAGAUUCCACCUCUGUGCUACUAUUACAGAAUCUCAGUGGGGCUUUUGACACCACUGAUUAUUAAACACUCCUAGAUGACUGGAAAAUCAACCUCCCUGCUGAUAUCAGACAGUCUGACUCUCUUGAGGCCUAUAAAUCCAAACUUAAAACGUAUCUUUUUGCCUUAACUUUCAGUAAGCUGCUUAUUCUUUGAUUACGUCAGGACUUGUGCCUGUCAGUCUCAAUGAAUCUAUUAAACCUAAUACUUCUAGUCCAUGAUUGUCCUGCCGGAAUAAAACUGUAAACUUUCUGAAAACCA